ACACUCGCCGCACCUUGUUAAGUACACGAUGAAAAAGCAGGAACAGGUAGAUGUAAAUCAAGCAUUGUUAAGGGAUGUUCCUGAUUCUGAUUACUACUGCUUUGACAACGACAGGAGCAAGGGAAAUAUCAAACCAAACCAGAUAUGGUCUCUGUAUGAUGAAGUCGAUACAAUGCCACGUACAUUGAUUCGAGUGAAGGAAGUGAACACAAAUGGACUCUUCCGUGUUACGGCAAGCUUGAUGCGCCCGCAUAAUUCGUCGUCAGAGAAAAGUGAACGAAAUAUAGGGUACCCAAGAAGUAGUGGGUAUUUUGAAAAACUGGAGGAAACUACGAUUGUGAAGACUUUAAAUUGCUUUUCGCACAAGAUGGAGUACACCCUGAAGAGUGCUAAUGUAAUAGAAAUCUUUCCUCAAGUAGGAGAAAUUUGGGCGCUUCAUCAGAAUCAAGACUCAAAGCCAUCUCGCUUGGAGCAUGACAGACAGAGAAUAGCAAACGAAGAGCCUGAGUUCGGUCUAGCGGUUAUUUUAUCAAUAUGCUGCAGGUGGCGAGCACCUGAUAUUGUAGUGCUCAGGAAGCGCCCAGGAUUUCGAACAUUAUGGGAGCCUGGUUACGAGCCAGGAGCAUUGCCCCCUACAUACUUCGAUCGAUUUUCUCAUAAGGUGCCUGCGUAUAAGUUGACCGAGCAGGAUUAUCCAGAUUUGACUGGAACAGAUUGUUGGGAUGUAGAUGCAGCUGCUCUACCCGAAUGUCUGAGCAACGUCACUGAAACAACUUUCUGAUGACUUCUCUCCGAUAGUCUGCCAAGGCUGUGGAAGCAGUUACUUUCAAGUAAUUUCAUGUGGAGAAUUUGAACGUAAUGUUCCUCCAAACCACCAAUGUGAAUUGUUUCAAUAGAUCUUUUGCACCAUUUAUUUACAAGCCCCACUAGAAUAGUUCAAAGUUGUCUUUUAUAACUUCUGGCUAUAGAAAGUACACCCCCAAACUAGGCAUCAAAGACUAGGAAUCAGAGAAGAAGAAAAUUUGGCACCAUUGUACAUAUGAUUGUGUAAUAAUUGUGUAAUAAAGUGUAAUAAUUCCUAUUGUACCUUUUUAA